AUGUCCCAGGUCAAUACCAACCUGCCUACAUCGUCACCAAACGAGUUGCCGUCCGCAAUGUCUUCCAGCGGCCUCUCGGACAAGUAUCCUGUCAUCUCACGGCAGGAAAAUCAGCCUGGGCUAGUGCCUGUGGCCCAACAGCAAUAUCAACAACCAACACUAGGCUUUCUGCAGAAUGAGUACCCGUCUCAGUACCAGCAGGGUGGCCAGUAUCCAACAGGCUAUGGACUAGUUGAACCCCAAGAGCCGGCGCCAGCGCCUCGGAAACCGAACCCUUGGGGAUUAUCACCUCUCGCCUUCGGCAUCCUUGUUGCAGCAGUGACGGCUGUGGUCGUCGGUGGGGCAGUGGGCGGAGGUGUUGCUGGCGCAAUGUCGAGUAAACGAUCAGACUCUUCGAGUGCGCCAGUCUCAGUGGUCACAGUCACCGCAGACAGCAGUUCUGCAACAACUACCUCGACAGGCUCCUCACCUUCCGCCACUUCCACAACUACUCUCCCGCUGCCUUCCUCCCUGCAAAACUUCGUCGUCCCGGAACCGUACUACGUCGAUACCCUGGAGAACCCUGGCUGCUCGGGGGACAACUCGAAAAUUGUCAUCCAAGAAAUGAAUGUCGCGUUCGACUUGUUCUGCGGCGUGGACAUGCAGAAUAGUAUACCAGAUUUGACCGAUUCCUCGUUGGUGGUUGCAGACGUUGUGGGUCUGUUCGCUUAUAGCAUUACCGACUGUCUGUAUGCGUGUGCUAAUGCCAGACAUUUUGUGUCGCUAUGGGGUCAGGACCACGAGGGCGGCAAUAUGCAGACGUGCAAAGGUGUUACCUGGAACUUUGAGAUGGCCGCGAGUAACACCUCGGACCAAGCCAAUUGCUGGCUAAAGAACGGCACAUCGAAUGGGUUCCAGUCCAACACCUGUAUCAGCGCAACGCUCGCGGAUUGA